AUGAUUCCCGACGAGUUGAAUGUAUCACUAAAGGCAGAGCAAAACUGUAAACUGAAUAGCAACGGUUCGCCUAACUUGAAUGGAAAAAAGAAGAUGUUCAAACCACAUGUGGAAGUUCAGCUCAGAAAAGGAGUAGCAAAGUCGCAAAUCGAAGGAAGGAUACCUGAGUUGGAAACAUUCAUCAAAGAGCACAAAAAUCUGCGUAAUUGGGUUCCGAUUAAUAUGGAGCUAUCGAAUGAUAGUGGUGGUGAUAGCAAUUCUCUUUCCUGUAGGGCUGUAUUUGCAGCGUUCAUUCAUGGGAUAGUAAUUGGUUGUACCAACUUUCCCGACGCUUGUGCCCUCUCAUCACUGUUGGAAGAUGUAAAAGUGGAUGAGCACAAUGUUCAUUUCUAUCGGCUCAAUACCGACGGUGCCAUGAACCAGGCGCUAUCAGUUGACGAAAAUUCGGAUGACAAUGCAGUUGGAUCACUUCUUUGGCAAUUACCGUGCAGUGAAUUUGAAAAUUUAUGGGAAAAUCUGGUCUACGAUUCCGACUUGAAGAACGAGAGUGGUAAACUCGUGUUGAAAAUGUUCGACCAAAUCGAUGAAUUAGCAGAGGAUGACAGAUGCAUGGUAUUUGUACUCAUCGAUGAGAUUGAAUCUCUUGGAAUGUCUCGUGAUGCAUCUACUAGCCGUGUGAUCCGGCUGAUUCUAUUCGUGCCGAGAACAAAUGUGAUUGUUCUCUGCACCUCCAAUAUGGAGGGGUGUCUUGAUCGUGCACUACUGGAUCGCGCCGAUGUCGUCCGACAUGUGGGACAACCGUCAGCAAACGCGCUAUACUCAAUUCUCGCUAAAUGUGUUGGCGAACUCAUAAGGAUAGGCCUAGUUGUGUCUGAUCAACAGCUACCCUCUAUCAGAGAACUUAAGACCGUUGAGUCAGAAUGCUCACCAGGGCGAGAACUCAUGGAAUUGGCCACACUGGCUUUAGGUCUAAGCGGACGAUCCAUACGACAGGUUCCAGCCCUGGCGUGGUCUAAAGCGGAUGAGGAUACCGUCACCCUGUCUACGUGCCUAUCAAUUAGUCUAGAGAAUGCGAUUUUGGGAGAAAACUGA